AUACAAAUUUGUGCUAAUCAGAUGGAUAAAUAUAAUGUAGAAGUCAAACAAAUGGACUAUGUCUGAAGAUAUUAUUAAAAUAAAAGUAAAAGAUUAAAAACAUACAGAUUUUUUUUGUUUUGGUAAAAUGUCAAGAUUAUUAUUACCAAGUUUUCAUUUUUUACAGAAGAACACAGACACAAAGUAGCAGAGAGCAAGAAUUGAAACUAAAAAGAGCAUUUUAAGGAAAGAAAAAACUUUAAGCAAAAGAAGAUGAUGUCAGGAAAGGGACCGAUGUAAACGUUGCAGUGACGGACCUUAUGAAAGAGUACGAGACGAACAAGCUUCCCAUUGCCAUGAGCUACCAGAGGGAAAGGCGUCCUCAAACCUUGAAGCACCAGCUCCUACAGCUUCUAGAAACCCACUCAUCAAUACAUUCCCAAAGAAUCACGUCGCGAUCUUUGGAGACCACCAGAGAGCCCAAAGAAGAGCAGAGGAACUUGAGAUCCACAGAUUCACAAGCGCCAAGACCACUCAGAAACCAGUCACCACGAAGCCAACAGCCACGCUCCACCAGCGACAGUACCGAACAAGCUUAUCCCACGACUCACCCGCCACCAUCUCGGAGAGAUUUGGUCAGAGAGAGAGGAAAAACGUCGCCGAGCAGAGAUCCCUUCACAAACCGGAUACACCACGAUAGAAGGGGAGACCGUCCUCAAGUCUCGCCGCAAACCACCAUAGACCACCAGAUCUGAGCCAGGAACCGCCGGAUCUGAACUGGACACAACUCUGACCAAAAUCCAACCCCAGCCGAAAGAGAGAAAGACCACGAAGGUGAACAGAGAAACGGAGCGGGAAUAGAAACACAAAGAGAAACUACCGGCGACCACCUCAAGAGGACUUCGGCAGCCGGGAGAGCACGGAAAAAAAUAGGGUUUCUAGGGUUAGAGAGAGGCUGGAGAGUAA